CUCGUGGUGUUCGACUGUUUUGCAUACAUGGAUAAACAAAAAGUUACUAAAAUAACUUUUGGAUGGGCAAGUGGAAGCACCGGGCCCCCUGUUAGUUUCCAAAGCAGAGUUCCUUGCUCAUUUGGCACAAGCAGCGCUCUCCUGGCAUCCCAGAGCCACUCCAAGCCCUAGAUGAGGGCAGGUUAUUGCCUUUUACCACACAUUCCCCUCAGAAGAGACACUUCCAGCUGCUGUGCCCAAACAGUGCUCCCAUCAUCUCCUCGUGCCACACAGCAUCAGCUUCUCUGGCGGUUCUCCUCCGAUCGAGUGGGAACGGCAAAAUACACACGACCAGACUUCGCGUCACCUCACAGGAGCACGUCGCGCUCUUACCGCGCGCAGCCGGGCCCGGUGCCGCGAUGCUGACGGGGAGGGUCGCCGCGCGGGCGGCAUGGCGGGGCUCGAGCGCGCCCGUCUCCGGGACAACCGCCGUUGGCGGGCGGGCGGGCAGCGCCAUGAGCGGGCAGCCCCCGCCGCGGCCGCUCUACUUCCCCCAUUUCCACGACCGCCCCGAGCCGGACGGCGGCGGCCCGAGGAAGAUCUUGGCGGCCGUGUGCGGGCCGUGGCAGCCCCCGCCGCCCCUCAGGGUACCCCGCUGGCCCGCGGGGCUGGCGGCCAUCCGCUACGAGCCGCUGCGCUUCUUCUGCCCCGCGGCGGCCGAGGAGAACGCGGCGCGGUGGCCCGGCGAGCUGCCGCAGCUGGAGGGCGAGAUCUGCGAGCUGGGCAUCCGCCUGAAGGAGCUGGAGCUGCUCGCCCUCGUCGACGACGACUUCGACCCGCAGCAGUAUAUACUUCUGAAGGCACUGAAAGAAGAAAAGAUACAAGGCAUGAAAGCAAGGCAGAAACUGAAGCAACAGCCCCCGAUGUGAUGGAGAUAUUUCGGCUGGAUGUUCUGUACCACAGAGUAUUUUAAUGGAUCUUCUGUAGUAUUUUUCUACUUAUUACACGCUAUUCCCUUAUUAAAUUAAACAAAAUUGUUAUA